GAGCCAAAAUGAGACAGCGCGCGGAGAACAAGACUGAAUCAACCUGCGUACGGAGAGUGUAGGGAACACCUCAUAAAACGGGAGUCGGCGGGGAAAUCUCUUGAACAUCUUAUCGGGAGACAUUCGAGAAUUUUUAGGUUUUGGGUUUGGGGUUUUUCCCCCUCGUCUUUUCGCAGCUAAGAAACAGGCAACCUAUAAAACAACCGUUUGCAAUUUCUGCAAGAUCAUUUAACUGGUUUUGAGUAGGCUAAGCAAGACGCAAAAACAAAGAUGUGAAAGAAAUGUGAGAUAAAGAUGACUCUUUUAAAUUAUUUAACCCAAAAACCGGAACCUGUAGGAUCCAACUUAACAUAUUUCGGUCUUUGAAAUGCGCAUUCUUGUAAAUUAGUGACAACUUUGACAGAGAAGCCCUCGGUGCAGACUCGGAUUUCAGUUUGCUCUGUUUUUAAUGCAUUUUUGGAAUCCUCAAACGCUUCCUUCACGGAUGUGCUAGUGUCUCGUGGAGGUCUUUUAUUGUGAGGUCUCAAUAGAGUGGGUUUAUGGCUUGAAGGAGUGUGUCACCAGUUUAUGAUGAUUAUUGUUUUAGGUAAGACAAUGCGUUUCGUUUGUGCAGCCUACACAAACUCUAGACUGUAGCCUAUUUGUCUCGACUAUUUUUGCACUCGGGAUGUAGCUUGUGUGCAUCGAAACCAAAGGAGUACAGCUUACACUUUGUCACCGAGCUCGACGUUACACGAUUCUGUCGUUGGGUUUCUGAAUGAACUAGAAGAACGCAAAACAACCAAGAGCACUUAAAUAUUUAGUUUCUGUGGACUUUUUUCUCUUCGAAAAGUGGACAGCCUACCGAGCGAAGUUUCCAUCAAAAACCACGGGGAGCUAUAUGACGAUCGCCAAACAGGUGUUGGUUUUCCCUCGCAGAAAUGCCAGUGCGUGCUGUAACUACCAGGUUCAUGUACAAGGGACUUUGCACAAUUCCAGAUAUCCUAUCGUAUCGAACACCCGUAACCUUGCCUGAGGAUGAGGUGGAAGAGAUAAGGGAGGCGUUCAAGGUGUUCGACCGUGAUGGGAACGGCUUCAUCUCCAAGCAAGAGCUGGGCAUGGCCAUGCGCUCACUGGGGUACAUGCCCAAUGAGGUGGAGCUAGAGGUCAUCAUCCAGAGGCUGGACAUGGAUGGCGAUGGCCAGGUUGACUUUGAGGAGUUUGUGACCCUCCUGGGGCCAAAACUAUCUGCAGCUGGAAUGCCCGAUAAGUUCCACGGAGCAGAUUUCGACUCUGUGUUCUGGAAGUGUGACAUGCAGAAGCUGACCGUGGACGAGCUGAAGAGCCUGUUGUACGACACGUUCUGUGACCACCUCACCAUGAAAGAUAUCGAGAACAUCAUUAUGACCGAGGAGAGCCACAUGGACAGUCCAGAGUGCCAAGUGGACAUCGACACAAGCCCAACACAACAGGUGAAGCAUACGUGCGUGCGGAAAAGCCUGAUUUGUGCCUUCGCCAUUGCUUUCAUCAUCAGCGUGAUGCUCAUCGCAGCCAAUCAGAUGCUCAGGAGAGGAAUGAAGUAAACACAGGAGUUCCAUCCUCUUCCCAAACAAGUGUUUUUUGUUUGUUUGUUGUUUUUUUGACAUUCAACUUAGUGGGUUGGAGGGAAUAAAUAGAGCUGUAACCCCAGCACCAAAUUUAAACCAGCAAAAAAUCUGGUCUGAAAUCCAUUUGAGCUUUCUGUUACAACAACUGUCAAAAACGGGAGCGUAAAAUCUGUAAAAAAAAAAUACAAAAGUAAAAUACAGAUGUUAAAUAUA